GGAUAUCCAAUGAGCAAAAGGAGGGGAAAAAAUGUGAUUUGCCUGGUCCACAAGCUCCCCUAUCUACCUUCUCUUCAGGACCAACCAAAGUUAACAGAAGAGUACCAAGAAAAAGAGGAGUUCAGAGAAGAACAAGGAGGUCAGAUAAGUAGGAAUGGCUUUAGAAACCUGUUUCCAAAUGAGCACCAUUGCCUCCACAACUCCGACUAAUAGUAGAGCCAGAUUCUUCUCCUACAAGGAAAAGCAUAAUUUGCCAGCAAACAGUGGAUUAAAGAGAGCUAUUUCAGCCCUCUCAUCAUCGUCGACUCCAUCCACAUCGAUCCCUUCGGCUAAUAACCGUCGUAAACGUUUCAUCUGUCAAGCUAAAAAUGCAGUGGAUGAAGUCCUGGUGGUGAAUGAUGCCAAUUGGGACAGCAUGGUCAUUGGCUGCGGAACACCAGUACUAGUAGAUUUUUGGGCACCAUGGUGUGGUCCCUGCCGGAUGAUUGCACCAAUUAUCGAUGAAUUGGCCAAAGACUAUGCUGGAAAAAUUAUCUGCUGCAAGGUCAACACCGAUGAAUGCCCGAACAUCGCAUCUAAGUAUGGUAUUCGGAGCAUCCCAACUGUUCUAUUCUUCAAAAAUGGCGACAAGAAAGAGAGUGUCAUUGGAGCAGUGCCAAAGAGCACAUUGUGUGGUAUCAUAGACAAAUAUUUGGAAAUGUGAUCAGGUUCUUAAUUGUAUGGUCAAGUAAAUGUAGACUAUGGUUGUCAUGUUACAUCAUGGCAUUGUAAUUUCAUGAAGUUACCAUCUAUAAAUCUCUCGUCUUGUACCUUUAUGUUUGCCUUUUAA